AUGGAGAAAAAAGAUAUUUCGAAGAUGCUUAGGAGGGAGCUCAUCUUGGAGCUCCACAAGCAGAGAGCGGAGAAUGAUAAGCAGGAAGAGCUGAUCCAGGCCAAAAUCCAUCUGAUCACCCUGCGCAACCAGGUGCAGGAGGAGAAAAGGAAAUCCGAGGAGCUGCAAGAGAAACUAGCGAUCCAGGAUAAGGAUUUGAAGCCAUUUAUCGACAGGGAGAACCAGAGUCUGUUGGCCAAACUGGAGAAGAUAACCGAAGGAAACAAAUGUUACUUCUGCAAGUUGAAGUUUCAAUCGGAAACCCAUCGCCGAGCUAUUUUAAAAUGCGGACACGUAUUCGGGGAAAUGUGCAUUCAUACUUAUUUGAUACUGCACAAAAACUGCCCCAUCUGCGAUUUUCCGGCUGUUUUAUGGGAUAUAUGCACGAGGUGGCGAAAGCUAAGCGAGAAUUCGGCGGCAGAUGACAAGGACAACGCCACGCACAUGGCGGCAAGGCUACAACAAGGAUACAGGAUACGGCCAACCGGAUAUUAA